AUGGGAGAGGAGGGAGGAGCUGCUGCGAGACGUGAUGAACUGGCAGGGCGGAUAGAAUCUCGCGGUCGCAGCACGUAUGAUAUGCCUGACGGGUACUCACCUGAGGGGAGGAAGAGCGGGGCUCUGCUUUACUCCUCCCUGCCCAGGGUUUAUAAGCACGCAUGCUGUGGCCCCUAUGCGAUGGCGAAGCCAGGCGCGGCAUGAGUGCAUAAGGUGACUAAUCCUGCCCAUUCAAGAACUUCCGCUGGGCUACUCCAACGUCCUUGAAUAGACCGCCAGCUUAUGCGCUCAUGCGAGAGUACGGCGGCGAUGCCGCCCUAUCAUGU